UUUAAGUUGAAUAGAAAACAGCUCGAGACAGCUGUAAAUUUUAAAUUUCUUUAUAUAAAGAGUAGUUCUAUUUAAAGUUGAUUUUUUUUUUUCACAUUUAAAAAGAUGGCACAUUCUUUCGCUGCUCAACGAGUUUUUCGUCAUUAUGUCAAUUUACUUUCAAAAAGAAAUAUUAACAAUGCAAUUGCAGCUAGCGAAGUAGUUUUAGCAAAAAGUGACACUUUAGCAAGGCCAUUGCAUAGACAGCAAGGUGAUAUUUUAACUAAUUCUCGUACUGAGUUUCGUACCAUUCAUCGGUAUCAAGGGAAAAUAAAAGGAGUAGUUCUCGAUUGGUCCGGCACAGUUAUUGAUUGUGGUGUUUAUGCUCCGGCUGUUGUUUUUGUUGAAGUUUUUCAAAAUCAGGGUGUUCCAAUAACUAUUGAAGAGGCAAGGCAGCCUAUGGGAAUGCAUAAAAGAGUUCAUAUACAGAAGAUUACAGAAAUUGAAGCUGUAAGAAAACGAUGGUUUCAAAAAUUUGGACGAUUCCCAAAUAAUGAUGAUGUAGAAAAAAUGUUUCAAGAUUUCGUACCCUUACAGCUUGCUUGUCUUGGAAAUUAUGCAGAAAUGAUAGAUGGAGCAGUAGAUACCGUUAAAUACAUGCAAAAAAGUAUGAAACUAAAAGUUGGUUCCUCAACUGGUUUUACAAUGGCUAUGGUCGAUGUUUUAAAAGAAUACGCUUCAAAAGCUGGUUAUAAUCCGGACGCUAUUGUAGCAGCGGAUGAAGUACCUCAAGCUCGUCCAUUUCCUUACAUGGUGUGGAUGAACUGUAUACGCAUGGAUGUAAGUCCUAUUCAAGCAGUGGUCAAAGUGGAUGAUACGGCAGACGGCGUUCGAGAGGGAGUUUUAGCUGGUUGUUGGAGUGUAGGUCUUGCAAGAACGGGAAACUAUGUGGCAUUGAAUCAAAAAGAAAUUAAUGAAUUGAGCAAAGAAGAUUAUGAAAGACUUUUAAAAAAAUCAUAUGAAAUACUUUCUAAUGCCGGUGCUCAUUAUGUAAUUGAUACAAUAAACGACUUGCCAGUUGUUAUUGAUGACAUCAAUCGCAGAUUAGCUUCGGGAGAACAGCCGUAGGUCAGAAGUAAAUUAAAACGCUAAAAACCAUUACUGAAUAAUAACUUAUUUGUUUGAGUGUCAUCUGCUUCUUACUUGUUGGUACAGUAUACUUAAUUAUCUGGUAUUUUCUCAAACAUUGGUGGGAUUAAUUAUCUGGUACUUUCUAAAACAUUGAUGGGAUUAGCUAUCUGGUAUUUUCUAAAACAUCAAUGGUAUUAGCAGGGCCUUUCAGAUUUUUUCCUCUGCAAAAUAUGUUUAAAUAUAAAUAUUUGAAGUUAAAA